AUGGUAGAAUCAGAGAAAGCUGAAUUCAUUACUGAUAUUUAUAAACUGACUGCAGAACAUCAAGUGAAUAAAUCAGUGCUGAAGGGAUGUCCUGUUACUCUGAACUAUGAUACUGAAAUACAGAAGGAUGAUAAAAUACAGUGGAAGUUUGGAGAGAAACUCAUCGCUGAAAUGAAUGGAGAGGACAGUGGGAACCCUCAAUGGACUGAUGAUGAAUUCAGAGACCAAAUGAAGCUGGACCCUCAGACUGGAUCUCUCAUCAUUCAACAAACCAGACCUGAACACACUGGAUUAUAUAAGAUGGAGAUCAAUAGCAGAGAUUAUUCAACAUUCAGACUCUUCAGUCUUACCGUCUGUGAUAUAUCAGUGCCAGUUAUGAUGGGGGCGGAUGUGACUCUACGUGUCAAUACUGAAAUACAGACAGGAGAUAAGAUAUUCUGGAUGUUUGGACAUGACAACAGUCUCGUAGCUAAAAACACAGAAGAGAAGUGUGAAGAAGAGUCUGAGUUCAAUGAGUUUAGAUUUAAAGACAAUGUGUAUCUGAAUCAUCAGACUGGAGAUCUCACAAUCAAGACAAUCAAACCUAAACACGCUGGAGAAUACAAACUAAAGAUCAUCAGAAAUGGCAACGCCUCAUUCAAGAUAUUCAAUGUUACUGUUUCUGGACGUCAAGUGAAUACAUCAGUGCUGAAGGGAGAUUCUGUCACUCUGAACUAUGAUACUAAAAUACAGAAGGAUGAUAAAAUACAGUGGAAGUUUGAAGAGAAACUCAUCGCUGAAAUGACUGGAGUGAACCGUGAGAAUCCUCAAUGGACUGAUGAUGAAUUCAGAGACCAAAUGAAGCUGGACCCUCAGACUGGAGAUCUCACCAUUGAAGAAACCAGAUCUGAACACACUGGAUUAUAUAAGAUAGAGAUCAAGACCAGUGAUUAUUCAACAUUCAGACUCUUCAGGCUUAUCGUCUGUGAGAACUCAAUGACGGAGUGGGUGGAUGAGGCUCUACGUGUCAAUCCUGAAAUACAGACAGGAGAUAAGUCUGGAGAUGACAACCGUCCUGUAGCUGAAAACACAGAAGAUGCAUGUUCUCUUCAUUCUGUCACAGAUGAAGAGGAGAGGAGACCAUUGAUGAAGGAUUCCACAGAAAAACGAGGGAAUGAAUCAGUGACUGUAGAGAUGAAUGCAGAGGAUCGGGAUGGAGUGAAUGAGCAGGAGAGUUUACUUUAAUGAGAUUAGACAUGCCCACCAGUGUCAAUCACUCUAACAUCAUCAACACUUUAAUAAGAUAAGACACGCCCACCAGUGUCAAUCACUCUGACAUCAUCAACACUUCAUCUCCAACAACAAAAACACAUUUCUGCUUUCAUAAUCCUCUACAAUCCGUCCAGUUACAGUGAGAAAUGAACCCAUGUCUGUUGAGAUGAUGAACCUGCAUGUGAAAAGCGUAUGUGGUUUAUAUGAACCAAGAAACAUAAUAAUCAAACACUUUCUUCUAUCAUUUAAUAAUGUUACACUUCACACCUGUACCUCUGUUACACAAUACUAGUGUGAGUCUCACAGCUUUGACUGUGUGAUUAUCAACACUGAGUGUGAGGAAUAUGAUUUUCAUAAGAUGUUUUACCACAGUAUUUGAAUUUGCUGUUUUAUGUCAUUAACACCAGUGCCUGAUUAAUGUUCAUGUUCAGAACUAAUCACAUGUCUUUGAGAUCACAUGACCUUCUCUUCAUGUGUAGAAAUUCAUUAGUGUGUUUGAGACAAACAGCUUCGACCAUUCAGUGUUAUUCAGCUUCACUGAAAGUGACUUUAUUAUUGUAAAAAUAACAAUAAUUAUAACAACUACUUAAGUUGACUUUCUUUUUAUAUACAUUUUUUUUUUAAGUUUUAAAU